CUUUCUGACCCACGCGGGGAGCCGUAGAACGGAGUCCUGGCCUUGGUAGUUGCCAACGACGAGCCUCGUUGGUUGUUAAGAAAAUAAUUUAUCAGAAAGAUGGUUUUAAAUGAGAUGAACAAUGAUGGGCACGAUGAAGAGGACAAAUGCUUGGAGCCUGAUGUCAUUGCGAAAGGAAACAUACUUGAAAGUUUUAUAGAGAGUCAAGAAACGAAAGAGUUGAUUAAUCAUCUUAGAUUGGUAUAUGAAGACUUGAAACUGCAAGAACAAGUUCUUGAAAAGUUUAAAGUUAUAAUGAAUAAAUACCAGGAGCAGCCUCAUCUUUUGGACCCUCAUUUAGAGUGGAUGUUGAAUUUGUUGCUAGAUAUUAUCCGACAUGAAGCAUCUCCUCCUCUUCUAAUUCAUCUAGCCUUUCAGUUUCUCUACAUUAUUUCAAAGGUACGAGGAUAUAAAACCUUAUUGCGAUUAUUUCCUCAUGAAGUAGCAGAUGUACAGCCUGUUCUAGAUAUGCUUGUAGCUCAGAAUCCAAAAGAAUAUGAGACCUGGGAGACUCGUUACAUGCUCUUGUUGUGGUUAUCUGUAACAUGUUUGAUCCCAUUUGAUUUGGCACGGCUAGAUGGAAAUAUCUCUUCUGUAGAAGGAUGCCCUCGUGUAUCAACAAUGGAUCGAAUUCUGGCAGUAGCAAAAUCAUACCUUGUUGUAAGUGAUAAGUCUCGUGAUGCAGCUGCAGUCCUGGUCUCAAAGUUUAUUACCCGCCCUGAUGUCAGACAAAAAAGAAUGGCAGACUUCCUGGAUUGGACCCUUUCAACAUUAUCUAAAUCCUCUUUUCAGACCAUUGAGGGGACUUUUGUAAUGGAUGGCAUGCUUCAAGCCCUG